AUCCAUGAUGCUCGUUGAGAGGAGGGGUGCAAGGCAGGCACUGAUCCCUGCUCUUCCAAAUGGCCAAUUCCGAUGAUGUCUGUAGUCACGAAGCCUGAUGAGGGACGGGGGGGGCGAUUCCAAAGGCAGAGAGCAGAGAAGUGACCCAAGACUCUCCCUGGAAGGGAGCCCUGUGCCUUGGCAUGCCGGAAGUUCUGGGUGAAUCAGGGCUAGCAGCAAUUUCUGAAGAGAGAGGAGCAGGGAAAGGAGGGAGUGGGUGGCGGAAUAGCUGGGUUUCCCAAGGACCAGGGAUUUAGCCGGCAGGAGCACAGCAGCCCCCGAUCCCUGGCAUCAGAGCCCCCUCCAUGAGGAGUUGGUGCCUGAGGAAAGGCUUCCUCCUGCUCUGCCUCUGCUCACUCGCCUCUGCUGAAGCCCUGUGUCUGCCUCUGGUAGGCAGUGGAGGCAACGCUGAGCUGGGAUGUGCUGCUGUACUCUUCAGGGGAGAGCCAGGCAGUGCUGACUUGGCCACGGCCACCGGCAAGCCAGUAGGGGCAGGUGGAUUGUAGGGGCUCCCUGAAGAGAUGCAAGUCAAUGGCACAGAGGGGGGCAGGGCUGUCAAUGGGACCAUGGAGCCACUGGAUGCCCAGCCCCUGGACACCUGUGCAGAGACUGUGACCUCUCCUGAGGGGGCAGAGCAAGAGGAGUGGGGCUCCUUCUAUUAUUCCUUUAAGACAGAGCAGCUGGUAACCCUUUGGAUCCUCUUUGUCUUCACCAUCGUGGGGAAUGCCUUCGUGCUGUUCUCUACCUGGAAAAGGAAGAGGAAGUCAAGAAUGACUUUCUUUGUGACCCAGUUAGCAAUCACAGACUCUUUUACAGGGCUCAUCAACAUAUUGACAGAUAUAAUUUGGCGAUUCACAGGGGAUUUCAUGGCACCAGAUUUGGUCUGUCGGGUGAUUCGCUACUUGCAGGUAGUGCUGCUAUAUGCGUCAACCUAUGUUCUGGUGUCACUCAGUAUUGACAGAUACCACGCUAUUGUCUACCCUAUGAAGUUCCUUCAAGGAGAGAAGCAGGCAAAAGUCCUAAUUGUGGUUGCCUGGAGCCUCUCUUUCCUGUUUUCUAUUCCUACUCUAAUCAUCUUUGGGAAGAGGAAACUAGCCAAUGGAGAAGUACAGUGCUGGGCCCUGUGGCCUGAUGAUUCCUACUGGAUCCCAUAUAUGACCAUUGUCGCCUUCCUAGUGUACUUCAUUCCCCUGAUCAUUAUCAGUGUUAUUUACUUCAUUGUGAUCCGAACCAUCUGGAUUAAGAGCAAAGCCCACGAUAUGAUCAUCUCCAAUUGCUCUGAGGGGAAAUUAUGUUCCAGCUACAACCGAGGAGUCAUCUCGAAGGCAAAAAUCAAGGCAAUCAAGUAUAGCAUCGUCAUCAUUUUUGCAUUUGUGAUCUGCUGGAGUCCCUACUUCCUCUUUGAUAUUCUGGACAACUUCAGCCUCCUCCCCGAGACCAAAGAGCGCUUCUAUGCCUCAGUGAUCAUCCAAAACCUGCCAGCCCUGAACAGCGCCAUCAACCCCCUCAUCUACUGCCUCUUCAGCAACAGCCUCUGCUACCCCUGCAGGGAAAGAAGGAAUGCAGGAGGUACUUUCCAAGAUAAAACAGAGAGGCAUGAGAUGCGCAUGAGGCCCAAGCCAGAAUUCAUUUAGCAGGGAGGUCAGUGGGGGUAAGAGGGAUAGGGAGAGUGGCUGCUAAGAAGCUAGACUCAGUAAAGCAACCUUUUCAUUCUCCAUCGCCGGGGGGACAGGAGCUGGAAAACGCCUCAGACACCCCUCCAUCUCUUCCAUCGGUCCCAAUGAGCUCUGUCUCCAGUCGUCAAGGGGCUGGCUACAAAGAGAAGGCCUCUAUUCAAAUGAGGAGCUGUGUCCUGGGCACUAGCACAGGGCAGCACUGGCUGCCAGGAAGUCACUAAUAAAACCUCAAAAGGAGCAGGACUUCUUUCUGUCCCCACACCACACUUUAUUGGCCUUUCUGCCUUCCUCCUCUCUUGCCAACACUUCAGAGGACGGCGGUGAAGAAGGUGGAGACGUCGGGAGAGAUGAGGCAAGGAAAGAAGAGAUCUGUUUCUUUAAAGCCAUCAUUCAACAGCCACAGCCCAAGCAUGGUUUGUCUUCUAACCAUGGCCACUGAGGGACUGUCGGUAUCCAGCCUGGAUGACCUUGGCUUGGGGGUGGGUUUGUAGGCAGCAGCUUCGGCAUCUUGUUCUGCCGACCAUUGAUGUUGGAGCAGGAGCGGCAAUGGCCAUGGUACACCCAAGACCAUUCUUGCCAGAGAGAACUGGAGGAAAAGAGUCUCGGGAUCGGUAUGAAAGGCCACAGCAUCUUGCCCAGACCUGGAAGAGAAGAGGAACCCAGAGUGGUCCUCUCAGCAUCUCCAUUCUCCAGAAGGAACACUCCCACUGCUUUGGGUGACUCCUCCCCAAUGUCUCAGGGAAGCCUCCCCAUGGAGACUGAACUGAGCUUUCCUCUCACACCUGCCUGAGCUUGCUGGCUUGCUGUUAACACUUCUGCUACCCUCCCCAAUCUGCAUGCGACGAGACCUCGUCUACUGAAGCCCACGCGUCGUGCCGCUGUCCCCGUCAUUUCACUUGUUCUGCCCAUUGGGCGAUUUCCACUCAUCACCUUAAUCCAAGUGGAACAUGGUUAAGUAUUUGGGACGAGUUGUUUAAUCCUUUUAUUGUCAAAUCUCUUCCCCUACAAGGAAAUGGAGCAAGUGUUGCUCGAUUAUGUAUAUAGAUCACCACCUACGGGCACAAGGAUGAGCGUUUUAUUUUUAGCAUUGCUCGGAUCCCUGACAUUAAAGUCUCCUUGGCAUAACCCUCCUACCCAGGAUGCAGCACUUAAAUCUUGUCAUCGUCCUCCUGCUACUGCGCGAGUGGAGUCAUUAAAACGUUGGACGUGUGGUAAUAGCGCCCUGGCCCUUGUGAUGGUGUAAGCCCAGGGAGGGCAUGUUUAAGGUCAAGGUGGCGUUUCUAUCUCGAACUCCUCUUGCCCCAUCUGUGCAUGGGGGAAAGGACAUCCCUUGAAGUCUAAAAUUGGAGUCUUCAGCCACCAUCUGCCCAGUGGGAUUUUGCUAAAUUUGAAAAAUCUGGGACUGGUUUUCAGGUUUUGAAACUCAUGGAUGGAAAGCACUCGGUUGCACUUGGGUGACCCUGCAGGCAAGAAGUUGCUUUUGUUUGUUUAUGAGAACUGUCCAUCCCUUGGCUGUAGAUCAUAGCUGUCCGUAGCAGAUGUACCGAGUCAUUUUCAAAACCUUUGCCUGUAUCUGGGCCAAUUAACAAUCAAGGGCUGGAACAUGCCUUUAGACCGCGAGGUCAGAGAUCUGCUUAUGCUGCCUUCAUCACCGUUGCAGAAGUCCCCCAAACCCAGUCGAGUCUCCAUGUACGAAUGGCCUUUCCUGCCUCGAUCAGUGAUCGGUAGGUUUUGCAAGUUAAAGAGAGAGUCUUUGGGAACACCUUGCACACCGCAGAUAAAGUCAACCAUUGUUACGGUUGCCGUUCCUGAAAUAUUGUAGCUGCUAUCGCUGCACAGCAAGCAGUGGUGAAUGAGACAAGCCCAUGGGACGCCGUGAUGAACUGCCUGGUGAAAAGGGAAAGGACUUUGCACCGACCUGGACGGUGGAAGUAGAGUUUGUUGGCUGAACUUACGAUGGGGUUAGAUGCGUGUUAGAGCUAUGAUUCCGCCUGCCUUGGGAACUCCGUCAAUACAGAUCACAACCAACUUAAGAAUCAGCAAAUUCACUGGGUCAUUUGAUCCUAUUUUAAAGGUGAAAGAGAACCUGGAAUCCAUCUGGCCUCCUGAGGAAACAGAGAAAAGACUUGCCCACAGUCACAUGGGAAAUAUUCUAGAAGACCCGGUGGCCCCAAAUUCCAAAUCCUGGGCUCUUCCCACUAUCGUGCUGCGAUCUAUACAUUGUAAAGCUUUCUGAGACAGAAAAAGUCAGUGACUUUCUGGUGGUCACCCAGUGACAGAGACAGGAUCUGAACUCUGGUCAUCCCAACUCCAAGCCUAGCACUUACUCCACUGUAUCACAUAGGUUCUCUACCAGGCUUUUUUCAGCCUAGACCUACAAUUUUGACCCAAGCCUACAAUAAGGAGUUCCUAGUUCAGAACUUCUUCUAUCGAUGUAGAGCAACUCCUCUGCACCUUGAGUAUUCAAGAGUUACUUGAAAAACUAGAGAGUAAGUGACUAGCCCAGGGUCACAUAGCCAGUAUGUGUCAGAGGUCAGAUUUCGAUCUGUCUUCCUGGACUCUAGGAAAGUUGCCUACCCCUUACCACAUACUACCUCUUGCCAAGGUACUUAUGGAAUUUUGUUGUUGUUCAGAUAUUGUUCAGCUCCAUGGCUAUUCAUGGGGUUUUCUUGGCAAGGAUACUGGAGUGGUUUGCCAUUUCCUUCUCCAGUGGAUCCAAUGGAUCCUUUUUUGGAAUAAUGGAAACCAUUUAUUUUAUUCCGUGAAAAGACAUCGUCCCUCUGCUGCUUACCAGCUGUAGCAAGUGACUACCCCAGUGGUAGGCUUUUCCUACCAUACCACCCUGGUGCCCCCUGCAGGAUGCCUAGAGCUGCUAGACUAAACUUUAGGGAACCUCUAAGCACUGCCCACCCUGAAGUACUAUUUGAGCAGGCACAUUAGUUUGUAGUUAUCCCUACGUCAAUAUAAAACAAAAUGAAGACAAAUAGUAUUUUUACAAAAGUCUUCAAUACUUCAAAAGAUGUCUCAGCAAAUACUCUGCAACCCACAGCCCGCCACCCUCUUCUCAGCUGUGAAGAGCUUUUUGACAAUAGGUCCCUUUAAAUUUAAUGAAAGCUGCGCCUCCCCAUACACAUGCAGGCCAUCUCCAAAACCUUCCCAGUUCUGCUGGCCUUGGACGAUGGGGUUCCUCUGGCAGACUUUGAAAAGCUGGGGAUCCCCCUCUUUGUGCUACAGGGAAGCCAGGGAGGGGCACUUCUGCCAGCAGGCACUAUGGCAAGGUUUGGCAAAGCCAGCCAGACAGCUGACCCCCUUGCAACGGCUAUUCAUUCCCCAUGACGUGCUCCAACGUGACCGUCUGACAAACGGUGGAGACGUUAUUCCCCGUGACGAGAAGUCGUGAAGGCCUCUUCCCUGGAAAGAGCGCCCAUCCCUUUGGACAGUCACAGCGCCAUGGAGGGGGAUCCCACCCUACUUCCCCGUCGGGGGAGACAGCUCUGCUCUGCCCAAGCCCAUCCCUUCUACACAGCACUCUGGAGGACCUGCUCAGCUUCACUCACUCCUCUUUCUUAAACGGCAGAUUUGAACUCUGCUUUGGCUCACCUGUAAAAUAGGGGUAACUCAUGACCUGCCUAAAACCAGGUUCGGCCACGAUCUCUCUCGUUCUCAGCACUAAGAUUUAUAAUUUGAUUGUCCAAAGGCGUGUACUGAGAAUAAGAGCUCCUGGGAUCCUUCCCGAAGACUUUGCUCGAGUUACUUUACAGGCUGUUUCCAUUCAUUUCAAUCUAAUCAACUCCUCUUUAGUAUCUACCGUGCAUCCGUGGAUGAAGGACGACGCAGGAGUGUCAAGAGAGAAAACUAACAAGCAGAGGAUUCAAGAAGAGCCUCGACCUGGCAGGAAGCUCAGGAUUCUGACCAGAAUGGCUCAGAGGAGCCAGCGAAGGGGGGUGGGGGGGGUGGGGGGAAGAUGAUGCGCCAAGUUCCAUGUUUUAUCUUUUCUCUCCACGACUGUACUUUCUGAGAUGAGUUUCAAAUUGACCAUCUUGAAGAUGGUUUGAGUCCCGGAACAAAUCGAGCAUCAAGGCUCGACAAGGUCCCAAAAGGAAGGUGAGAGGAGAACAUUUAGGAGUGUGGUCCAAGGAUCUAAAGCAAUGUCACGGCAGGACAUCCUGUAUGAGGAAUCCAAACCAGGCUUUCACAGCAUCCCCCAGUUUCAGGGAUAUGGGGAACAUUCAUCUAACCCAAGCAGGUGCAUUUAAUUGAGUCAAGCUCACCAAAGAAAAAUGUGCUUUUACUUCACGGAAGCAAAUUAAAGGAGAUUGGAAAAAUCUAUUCAGCUUAUCAAACAUACAUUAGACAGAAUUUAAUUGAAUUCUAGUUUUAACAAUGUCCCACACUAUUUUUCCCCAAAAUAUCUUUAAUUUAGGGUUAUUUAUGGGGAAAGAAAACUUCUAAAAAAUAGUGCCUUGAAGCACUUGAAAAGUUUCAUGUUGACCAAAUUCUAUUACUCAAAUACAAUAACAAAUUUGUCUUUUCAUUUUUCCAGGCUCUUUAAGUGUCUAUCUGGAAUGGUAGAAAGAUAACUGGAACUGGAGUUAGAAAACCUGAAUUCAAGUCCUAGCUCGAACCUUUCCUAUCUGUGUGGCCUUAGUUUCCUCAUCUGUAAAAUGGGAGUAACCAUGGAAAUAAUAUGUAGCUCUUUUCCCACCUCUGAUGUUACAGACAGCCUUUUAAGCAUCUGUCUGGAUCAGUAGAAAGAGGAUUGGAACUGGAGUUAGAAAACUUGAAUUUAAGUCCUUGCUCAAACCUUUGUUAUCUCUGUGACCUUAGUUUCCUUAUCUGUAAAAUGGGAAUAACCAUGGAAAUAAUGUGUAGCUCUUUUCCCACCUUUGAUGUUACAGACAGUCUUUGAAGCAUCUGUCUGGAAUGGCAGAAAGAGGAUUAGAACUGGAAUUAGAAGACCUGAAUUCUAGUCCUAGCUUGAACCUUUCCUAUCUGUGUGACCUUAGUUUCCCCAUCUAUAAAAUGGGAGUAAUCAUGGAAAUUGCAUGUAGCUCCUUCCCACCUCUUCAGUCAUAGACAGAAGGAGCCAAGUAUCAGGCUUUUGUGGGGCAUGGAACUUCCUAGCAUGGGAGAUCCAGGCUUUUCCACUUGGUCAGACUUAGCAGAGUUUGUGACGUCCACAAAUAACUUUGAAGAGCUGAGGGUUACCUCAUCCCCAAAGGGAGAUACUGAGGAGAAUUUUAGUGGCAGGACAUUGCAGAUAUGCCCUCACACCCACAGAUAUGUACCUGUAUAAAGGCAAAAGCACAUACAUGUAUGUGUGAGCACAUAUAGGCACACACAUGUACUCACACACCCAGAAGCAUGUUUUUGCACCCACAUAUGGAAAGGCAUAUGGUGGCCAUGAGCAGCCUGGAACAUACUGCUUAGGAGGAAUGACGAGCUAGAAAUAGUAUAAGGAUAUCAUUCAAGAAAUGCAUUAUUGGUCUGUUAGGCAAGAAAAGUGCCCAGCUGUCCAUACCUUUUGACCCAGCAGUGCCAGCGUCAGAGACGGAAACAGAGGUCCAACAAGAACCUUUGCAGGUAGCCUUAAGGGCACGUGAGUAGGAUAAAAUACGUUGUGCAGAGUGAAAUGGGAGGAGGGAGGUAAAUAAGGGUUCAAAACUAAAUAUAUAUAUAUGUCAAAUUAACAGGUUGAUUUAGCUCAAGGGAGGAGGGAAAGCUGAUCAAGGAAUAACUAACUUCUAACCCAAAACAGGGAUUAAAACCCUUGUAACUUCCUAUAACUAUUCUAAACUAACUUCUUCAAUCAUUCAAUAAGAUUUGGGAGGACUUGAUGGGAGCAGAAACCAAGGGCCAAAGAAGCUCGCACAACUGGAGUCCUCUUGGGUCAAGCUGAAGUUCCAGUAAGAAGAGUAGCUCUGCAGGUCCCCACAGGAUCAAGAGGGGAAUGAUGAUUAUCACAUGCACUGUCCACUCCUUCAAGAUGGCCCAAUUUCCCGACAGCCUCCAAAUCUUUUUCUUUCAGAGAGAGUCACCUCCACUCACUCCCUGUCUUCUCCCAGAGAGCCAACUGUCAGUCUGUACUCGCUCUCGGCUCCCGAGUGCUUCGGAACGUUGGCCUGCAAGAUCUCCUGCCGUUAGCUUGCUUCUGCUAAAAGUCCCUUACAACAAGAGGGAGUGAGAAUGCAAUUUGUGUGAAGUGCAGAGUUGGAGUUCUGGGCUUGGAAUCGAGAAGACUUGAGUUCAAAUUUGACUUCAGAAGCAGUCUAACUGUGUGACCCUAGGCAAGUCACUUCACCAGUUUCCUCAUCUGUGGUAUGACUUUGGUGGAGGAAGCAAGAAUAGGGACACAGGAUUGUUUUCCUUGCACCUGUCCAUCUAAGGCACUCUGGCAGCUAGGAGUGCCAUAUUGUAUAGAGCUCUGGGCCUGGAGUCAAGAAGACCCAACUUGGAAUGGGGACACCCUUAUCCUUUGCCUCAUGUUCCUCUGCUGUAAAAUGGGGAUAAUACCACUUACCUCCCAAGGCUGAUGUGGGACUCAAACGAGUUAAUAUUUAUAAAGUGCUUAGCAUAUUGCCCAGCUGUUAACUGGCUUUUUGAUGUUGGGUAAAUGGCUUUUUAGGCUUCAGUUCCUUCAUCUGUCAAAACAAGAAAAGAAUUGCACUAGAUUUUCAAAGUCCUUUUCCAGCACUUAUCCAUGAUCCCAAAGGAGCCGCUCCUGGGAGACACACUUGGUAAGCACAUGGAAGAGUUCCAGGAAAAGCUACAACUACAUGCAUGUGGACCACAUCUUAGUUCAUUCUUCCUUGGGAUUUCUCUUAUCCCUCAAUAGGGACCCCUAGUUAAAUUUUUAGUUGUAAAUAAGAAAAGGGCCAUGUAGGAACGUCACUUACCCACCGCCUAAUUGCCAUGCAUCACACAAAACACAGCAUCUCCCACCUCCAUACCUUUGCUCGGGCUGUUCCCUCUAUUGAAAUGCCCCCUCUCCUCAUCUUUGCCUCUUGGCUGUUUUUCAAAGCUGAACUUGAAUGCCAUCUCCUACUUAAGGCAAAAACUUUCCUUAUCUUCCCCCCCACAACCCUCAAAAUGACCUUGUAUUAUCCUUUCUAAAUUCUGUGGGCACUUCUAUGUGGAUGAGUUGUUUCCUUGGACAGAAUUCUAAAUUCUGUGGGCACUUCUAUGUGGAUGAGUUGUUUCCUUGGAUAGAAUAGAAGCUUUGGGAGAGCAGGGACUGUUUAAUUUCUGGAUUUGUGUUCUCAGCACCUCGGACAGUGGCUGGUGCAUAGAAGGAGCUUCAUGAACACUUGAUGGUAGUUGAAUUGGAGGAGAAGCAGCAUGAGAUAAAGACCUGGAUCCACAUCCCUCCUCUGUCACUCUGUGGUUGUGUCAUCAUCAUCCCGAGCAAUUACAGAGCACCAUAACUUUUGCAAAGCGCUUCUUAAAUAUCUCAUUUUACCCUCACAACCCUGUGGAAGCAAGUGCUAUCAUCAUACCCAUUUUACAGAUGAAGAAACUUUGGCAGACAGAAGUUAAGAGACUUGGACAGAGUCAACAACCAGCGUCUAAAGCCACAUUUGAACUCUUGUUUUCCUCACUCCAGCCCCAGCACUCUGGACUCUGUCAUCUAGAUGCCUCUGAGUAAGCCACUAAACCUCCCAUUAGUCUCUGAAUUUGGCUCCCUUGACUUUAAAAUGAUACUGAUAGCAGAGUAGCUGGGCGGCUCAGUAGAUUGAGAGGCAGGUCUGGAGACAGAAGGUCCUGGGUUCAAAUCUGACCUUGGAUACACUUCCUGGUUAUGUGAUCCUGGGCAAGUCACUUAAUCUUCAUUGCCUAGCCCUUACAACUAUUCUGCCUUGGAACCCAUCCACAGUAUUGAUUCUAAGAUGGAAGAUUAUUUUUUAAUGAGACUGGUAGAACCCGUCCCACAGGCUUGUAGUGAGGUUUCAGUGAGAUAAGGCACAGAGUGCUUUUCAAACCUUAAAAUGCUAUACAAAUAUCAUUCAUUCCUAUAGACUAUCCCUUCACUUGUGUAUUAGCCAUCCCUGUCCCUUGGUCCUCUAACUACUGUUGGUGCCCUUCAGUCAAUAGGUUCCAUGCCCCAUGCCAGAGACUUGCUGGCUUUUUUUUAAUAUCGUGGCUACCAACUGGUGCCCGACAUUGGAUGUCUCUCCCUCCCUCACUGCAUGAAUCAUUAGCACUUUCGUCCAGGCCUAGGAUUCCUUGAGGUCCUUAGAAUUGCAUUCAUUCCAUUUCGCCCACCCAAGUCUUUCACUGGUGCUGUGCCACAGUCUGCUGACGCCCACCAGACACCUUCCUACUGUUGCUGGGGUCACCCACAGCUCUAAUUCAUUGGAGAUGGUGAUGUAGCACAAUUUGCAACCAUAUGGCAUCUUUCCACAAACAAAAGCCCUUCCUAAAUGUUUUUUUUUUUUAAUUGAGAUUGUCUUCUUGAGGCUUUUAUUGGGUGAGGACAUAUCCCCAGUGAAUCAUGCACUAGAAGAGGAAAUCAACAGCCUGGAGAAAGAUCUCUCCACAGUCAUUUGGUGAAUGAGAAGAAACAAAAAAGAAUGAAUCUGUGACCUGGAGAGAGACAUUCCCGCCCAAACAGGAAGAAUCCAAGAUAAUUCAAAUUUGAUUAGUUAAUGGUUAGUUAAUGAAGUUGGAAUCUGAGCUACCAGGAAGGCAAAGGCUGGUGACUCUUGGGCUCUCUGGACUGAGGCUGGCAACAAUCCGGAGGGUCCUCAGGAGUGAGGGGGUCACCUGGCUGCCCGAGGAGGAGUUAGCCUGGCCCAGAUCGGGAAUGGACUGGAUCAAAAUGUGCUGAUCAGCUGCGAGAUCAGGCCCAUGAAUAGUCCCUGCACUUCCAGUGGGGGCACAAUAAGAAGACCCCAUGUUUAAAAUAAACAGUGGAGAAAGUAUUUGAUUUGGGGGUCAGUGGUCCAGAGCUCCCAUCUCAGUUUCUUACUCCCUAUACAACCUUGAGUAAGUUUCUGAACCCCUCUAGGUCUCAGUUUCCUCUUCCAUAAAGUGGAAAGGCUGGAAUAGAUUACCCUUUGGGGUCUCAGAUCCCAUGAUUCUUCAGAGGGCCAUUAAAGGCAGCUUGGUGACCCUGGAACCUGGAGCAUAAGGUGGAAUUUCAGACUGUUGGUGAAUCUGUUCUCCAAAAUAGGAAGGAUUGACUGACAGCACCAGGAGGCAGGCAGAGGAGGUAAGGAGACCCCUGGAUGGCUGUCUAGCCCCAGCCAGACAUUUUCCAGGUUAGGUGCCCAAGACCAGAUCCUUUAAAUGAGCUCGUAACAGGUCAAUGGUAGGAACAGGCAUUUUGGGAAGGCUGGUUCACUGACUGCAAACCUUCUUGUGACAGCUGAUCUUCCAUGUUGAAUCGGGGAGCACUCAAGACCCUACUAUAGGGAAGAAAAGGAUGAAUGGACAAGCCAUUCUCUUCCACUGGGUGCUCUUUGGUUCUUUUUGUGGCAUCUGUAGCAGCUGUGUACUUCUCUCCUCCCUUCCCUUCUUUCUUCUCUUCCCCUACCUUCUCCCUGUUCUGCUCUUUCAUUGCAAUGAAGGAUUCGGGCAACUUUGGUUGGCAUUUGCUGAGAAGUAGAAAGCAUCACAAAGGUGAUGGCAUGGCAGGAAUAUCAACCUUGGAGACCCUCCCAAACUCCCUCACUUAACAGACGGGGAAGUCGAGAUGGAGAUGUCUGAGGUUACAUAGGAUUCAAACCCAGAUCCAAAUCCUGGGCUAGACAGUCUCCUGAAAAGACUGGGGAGAGACGGCACCAGGAGCUUCCACAGAAAUAUGGUGGGUUGAGAUGCCAUAACCCUUUCCUACCCCAUCCACUCGACUCUUGGCCAUUCCCAGGAGAACAUUCAGUGGAAGGGGGGGGGGGGCUGAAUUAGACACACACUAGCCAGCUAAAUGGCCCCUGCAUUGCCGGCAAGCAACAAGGCUACAUUUACAGAUUCCUUUGUCAGAAGACGUGCAAGUGUCCUGCUCAGGAACAUUUAGAGGCAAGUUUACAGCCAUUCCUACUAGUUCAUGAUAGAUAAUUGUUAAAUUUUCAGCAUAUUUGACCUCAGAAAUUGGCAGAUUCUAAAAAUCUGAUGGUCUGGAUUUAAAGUGAUGGAGGCAACAGAGUGGAUGGAACAUUGGCCCCGAGGCCUUGAAGGCUGAGUUCAAAGCCAGCCUCGCACACUUAACUAGGGGUAGGACCCUGGAUGAGUCACUUGGAUUCAAUAAACAUUUACUGAGUGCCUACUAUAUGCAGGGCACUGUCAACUGGGGAGAUAAUGGCUCCUACCUCCCAGAAUUGCCAUGAGGGUUGAAUGAGACAAUAUUCACAAAGCCCUUGGCACAUAGUAGGUAAUAUGUAAAAGUUAACCAUUCUUUCCUGAUGGAGAAAAUGUGAAAGUCAGGAGCUUGUUUUCAAACAACAAAGACCUGAAAGCCCCCGAUUUGUUUUCCACCCGGAUGUCACAGAGUCCGUUAUCCAGGUUGCAUGGGGCAGGGGCAUUUCAGGUGUGAACUGAUGGUUCCAGGGAUAAAAGAUUCCAGAAAGGGAAGCGGUUCCAGGUAGGGAGACAAAUGUGUGUCUAGAACUUCGGCAAAUUGUCCCAUGUACACUUCAUAUCUCGGAGGUAUCUACUAAAGGUAGUUUUUUACAUGCUACAUGCUUCAUACUUCAGUAUGAGACUUUUUGUGCUGUGUGCAUGGAUGGGGCCCUAACCCACGUUUGAGGGGACAGAUUUCCAAGAAGAAAAGGAGAGGAGCAGCUAGGUAGCUCGGUGGAUAGAGAGCUAGGCGUGGAGAUGAGCAGUCCUGGGUUCAAAUGUGGCCUCUCACACUUCCUAGCUGCGUGACCCUGGGCAAGUCACCUUACUUUAAUUGCCGAGCCUGUAUCCCUCUUCUGCCUUGGAACCAAUAGUAUCAAUUCUAAGGCAAAAAGUAAUGGUUUAAACAAGAAGGAAUGGAGAGGGAGGGGCGAGGAGCCAAGGCUGAGCCUUGAAUGGUAGAAGAGCCACAAGCUUGUAAGUAAAGAUGGCAUCACAAUAUGUCCCUUGAUUCUCAGUGCCUGCAUUCCCAGAGACCCUCCCAAGCACAGCCUGGGACUUCUCUCCUUGCUUAAGCUGAGAUUUCCUCUUGUUUCCCAGCUGAAGAACUCCUGACUCUUGUACACUCUACUGUCUGACCUGAUCUGUAGAAUCUCCCCAAUUACUGUCUGCCUGCCUGCUUCAAUAAAUGUUUGUUGCUAUG